AUGAUCACUGUCCGCGUCGGUCCGGAGAAGAAAGAAUUCGGCAUCCACAAGGCAUUGAUUUGCAACAAGUCAACCUUCUUCAGCAAGGCACUCACCGGAUCCUUUAUUGAAGCAACCACAUGCAUCGUCAAUCUUGAGCACGUUUCAGUGUCUCUCUUCUCCAUCUUUGUUACCUGGUUGUACAACGGAGGACUUGUUUAUGUCGCUCCUCCCGAAAGUGACAGGACCAUUCGAGAUGAGUUUGGUCCACUGCUAUGUAAAGAGUAUAACCCCAGUCCCGGGGGCCAAAGCCAAGAAGAGCAAGAGCAGCCUUCCACUGAGACAGCUGCUGCCGCCAUAGCAGCCAGUGCCACCAUUACGACUGUCAAAGACAACAACUCCAGCACAUCCGGUGGUGGCCCCGAGGAGGUCCAAGAGGGCCGACCUACGAUCAAACUAGAAGACAUCGAAGAUCGCGAACCUGAACACGAGACAAGUCAGCACCAAGUCACCCGUAUAGAAGAACAUACCCAGCCGGAGGACCAAGAGCACGAUGAUGCCAUCUCGAACGUCGACGAAGAGAACGCUCGAACAUGGCCUCUAGACAUUCUCGCCAAACUCUACAUUCUCGGAGAUUUUCUUGAUGUAGAGCAAUUCAAGAACGAUGUCAUCGAUGCAACAGGUAGUCAUGCCCGUACUAUCGAUGAAUGGCAACAAUACCCUACGCCAUCGAGGCCCCUCAUCCAGUUUGUCUUUAGGGAAACACCUCCUCAAUCCCCUCUGCGGAACAUCAUGGUACAUUUAGUGGUGUACCGACAAGCGUGGUACGAGUCGACUGCCACAUGGGAAAACAUGCCCGCAGAGUUCCUGGCAAGGGUCAUGGUUUUCUUGGGCAGAAGGGUGCCUUCGAAGCUGUGCCGUGCCUGCUAUUCAGAAGCCAUCACUGAAAACAAUCUGACCGAGGCCAAUGCAGAUGGCGUAUCUUUGAAGAAGGACAAGCCUCCGUUCGAGGGAAGUAGAUGCUUCUAUCACGAGCACAAGACCGAAGACAAUCGUGACAGAUGCCGCAAGGAGCAUCAAGAGCGCAAGACCAAGCGCAAAGCUUUGAAAGCAGCAGGCCUGUCCUCAGGAAUGAAUUGA